ACUUGCAGCGGGACAAGGACGACGUGCAGGCGGACUGGACAUGUCGCGGGCCGCGGAGAGGAUCCGGCUGACGAUCGGUCACCUUGAUCGGUCACCGGCUGUGGUGGUGUCGGCUGCACCAACUUCCUGUCAAAGCCUCAACUUUCACCCUCACAAACUCAGAUACACGCUGGAUGAAAAGGAGCUGCUGAGCGCAGAGGAGCGACUCUUCUACGAGCAAAAUGGCUUCUUUGUCGUGAAGAAGCUGGUGUCUGCUGAGGACGUGGACUUGUUCCGGAAGGCGUUUGAGCGCAUUUGUCAGCAGGAAGUCAAGGUGCCCGGUCUGGUUGUGAUGAGAGACGUCGCCAUCGCCAAGUCCGAGUUUGUUCCGGAUCAGAGAGCCGUGUCCAAACUCCAGGACUUUCAGGAGGAUCCUGAACUUUUCCGCUACUGCACCUUGCCACAGGUCCUGAAGUAUGUGGAGUGCGUCGUCGGAGCGGACAUCAUGGCCAUGCACACCAUGCUCAUCAACAAACCUCCAGAUGCAGGUAAGAAAACCUCCCGCCACCCCAUGCACCAGGACCUGCACUACUUCCCCUUCAGACCCGCCGACCGCAUUGUCUGCGCCUGGACAGCCUUGGAGCGGGUGAACCGGCAGAACGGCUGCCUGGUGGUCCUGCCAGGAACACACACGGGCACGCUGAAGGAGCACGACUACCCGGACUGGCAGGGUGGUGUGAACAAGAUGUACCACGGAGUGCGGGACUACAACCCUCAACACCAGCGUGUGCACCUGGAGAUGGAGAAGGGCGACACCGUCUUUUUCCACCCGUUGCUCAUCCACGGUUCUGGCAUGAACCAGACCCAAGGCUUUCGGAAGGCCAUCUCAGUGAUGAAGCAGAAGAUUGUCAGCCAAAUCUCCCUCGCCAAGCUCAAGGCAGACAUGUGGAAGGCCACUAAAGGCUUGCGGAAGUUCCGGAAGCAGAGCCCGGAUGUCCUCCGCCCACCCCAGCAGCGCCAGCAGAGCCAGCAGAGCCACAAGCACACACGCAGCCGCUCUGGCUCGGUUCUGGUUGCCAGCGUUCUUCGUCUGGAGGAGGAGGAAGGACUAGGAGCCACCAUGGACGUGACGCAGGGGGGUCAAGCGGGAGUGGGACAGUCAAGCAACUUCCUGUUAGAGUGA